AUGGCCCCACACAACGAUCGUCCAGAUAAUUCCUCGCCUGAUAACGCUACACCUGAUGACGCUGAUGGAUCAGAUUCUAAAAAUUCAUCUCCUUCUGGAGGAGGGAACAAUCCACCUUCUUCUGAUGGAGGGAACAAUCCAUCUCCUUCUGAUGGAGGGAACAACCCACCUCCUUCUGAUGGAGGGAACAAUCCAUCUCCUACAGAAGGAGGAAACAGUUCACCUCCUUCUGGAGGAGGAAACAAUCCACCUCCUUCUGGAGGAGGGAACAAUCCAUCUCCUACAGAAGGAGGAAACAAUCCAUCUCCUUCUGGAGGAGGGAACAAUCCAUCUCCUUCUGGAGGAGGGAACGUUUCGCCUCCUUCUGGAGGAGGAAACAAUCCAACCCCUUCAGGAGGAGGGAACAAUUCACCAUCAGGAGGAGGAAACAAUCCAGCUCCUUCAGGAGGAGGGAACAAUUCACCAUCUAGAGGAGGGAACGAUUCUCCUUCAUCACAAAAACCAGGUUCAGGAGGAGGGAACAAUUCACCUUCUGUAGGAGAGAACAAUUCUUCUGAAUCACAUAGUACAAAUACGGAGGGUAAUAGUAAUGUACUAGUUGGAGUUAUUGUUGGAGCAACCGUCCUUCUUUUAGUCGUUGGUGUUUGUCUCAUUUGUUCGAGGAGAAAGAAGAGAAAGCAGCCUUAUUAUUAUGGUCCUCCAGAUCCUUCACUUGCAAAAGGUGAUUAUAUAUCCCUUCAUCUAUUAAUUGUUUUAGUUUGAGUACUUUCAUAGUUAGUUUUGUAUCAAUCAUAUCAUUGGUUAAUUGGGACGAACAAUUAUAAACUUAAUAGCAUGUGAAUGAAACAAGUUGCUUAUAUACUAAUUAAUGAGGCUACUUAUACCCAAGAGUGUUUCGAAAGAGAUAACUUCAGACUUUUUCAGCUUAAUUAACUAAAUAUUUUGGGUUCUAAUAUA